AUGCGUCGAGCAAGUAUUGCUCAGAUGAAUAAUGGUAUUGAUUCGAAACCAUCUUAUUCUUUGACAGUGACAGAUUUACGUAAACAACAACAAUUACAAAAUGAUCUUGAUAUACCUCUAACAAUUUUUAUGACCUAUUCUCCAGAUUCAACACCAAGAUUUGUACAAAAAACUCUUAUAUCAAAUAAUUCAUCAGCAUCACUUCGUUUAGCACAUACAACAUUAUAUCAACAUGUACUUGAACAUAUACAUACACUUGAAAGUCAUAUUCAAAAAGUUUUAUCUUUAUCAGAACAAUUAAUUGAAAAACAAGCAGUUGUUGAUGUUGGCUCAUUUGAAUUACAACAAAUAUAUCGUGAAGAUUCAUAUGAUGAACAACAAAUAAAACUUUUAAAAACCCAAAGAACAUUAAAUCGUGGUCCAUCUGUUUAUGCUGUACCACAAUUCGAAGCAUUACCAAAAGUUACAAAUCAAUAUAAAUUUUUUUCUUGUUGUAAUCAUUCACAAGAAGAUCAUAAACCACUACCAUCAUUACGUAAUGCUGUUGAUUUAAUGUUUGAAUCAUUAAUACAAUUUCUUUAUGCUAAUAAUCGUUUUAUUCGUACAGAAUUUGUAUCAAAUCAAUCGAUUGGUGAUCUAUUAGCAUUUCAUACAUUAUCAUAUGCAUUUAAAGAUAUGGUUGAAGCAACAACAGAUCUAGCAAAAAAUGCCCGACGUAUUAAACAUAUUGAUACGCGAACAUUAACACGAGAAGAAAAAAUCUUGCAAUAA